UCGCACCAAGAUUCAUGGUGUCUGUCUGGUGUCAAUUUAAUUUCCUAAUUAGGCUGUAGGCUCUGAGUAGUUCAUCUUUAAACCUUUUACUACUGUCCAGAAAUAUAUUUCGAUUUGUUAUAUUGAAAUAACAUGAUAUAAUUUUAAUGGGUGUAAUAAGUUCAAUCUGGUUUGAAUGAAUAGUUUUGAUAUUGAAGCUGACGACAGUAAAUACCUCAACUAGGAAUGAACGGUCCACGAUCGAGAUCAGCGGCACAUGGAGAUCCCUUGGGGAGAUGGGCGGAUCAUCAUUCUCACAGACAGAACUCCACUGUAAGCAAGAUGCAAUAUCACUUCUGGGUCACGAAGCAGACUGUGUCGCGUAAGCUGGGCAAGAAGGAAGAUGACUGCAUUGUGGCCAGCGAUGCUGAACUGGACGCCAAACUGGAGUUGUUUCUCAGCAUCCAACUCAGCUGUGCUCAGCUGCUCAAGAUACUGGAUGAAUACCAGAAAAAGAGCAACUCCUUAGCCUAUGAAGAAAAUUCAAUGGGUCGGUUUUUAAAAGAAUCAGCAAAACUUGAUGAUAAAACAGAAGCUGGAAAAAUGAUGGCUGUUGUUGGGAAAACCCUCUCAACAACCGGACAACAACGACUUGCCUUCCAGGACCCUCUGAGAGCUUUGCAAAAGAAAGUGGAGUCGUUCCAAGCCCAUGCCAUUGCAGACACGUUCCAUACAAUCCAGGAGAUGGAGAAGACAAGGACCAAGUACCGAGCGGUCCUUAACUGGAUGAAGGAUGUCUCCAAACAACUUGAUCCUGAAAACCUCAGUCUCAUGGACAAGCACAGGAAGGUUCAAGAUCAUGUGAAACAAAGUCGAGCAGAGUUUGAGCGACAAAAACUUGACUGCUUACAAAAGGUAGACCUACUGGCAGCAGCGAGAUGUAACAUGUUCUCACGAGAACUCAUCCAGUACGAGAACACUCUCAAGACCUUUGCUACCAAAUGUGUGACAAUGUUUAACAAUAUCAGUACUACAUUCCCUAGUCAUCCCCAGUACAAAUUUUCAGACGUUAAAGAACUAGUAGAGGAAGAGAAACCAGCAAAGAUAGAGACAGAUGAAAAUGACGACACAUUACUAUCGUUAGACGAGUCUGAGGCAGACACAGUGGUGAGGAAAGUAGAAGAAGUCGAAGGAAGUAAAGAAGAAGUAAGAAAAUCAGAAUCAAGUGAAAAUGGAGAGGGAGUCCUCUUGGCGGAUCUUCUAACAGACGCUCUCCCUGACAACCAGCUUUUGCCGAGUCAGCUGUUAGCCCAACUGUCGACUGAAUCUCCAUUUUCAUCUCAGUUUCCUCCCCCAGCUCCAUCAAACCAGCCUCUUCUCAUGUCAAGUUUGUCUAACAAUAACCAACCUAAGAUGCCUAUCAGGAGUCUGGAUCAAGUCCCCAACAAACCUUGGCUGGAUUUGUUUGCUGAGUUGGACCCACUCUCCGACCCAGAUGCCAUCGACAAGAAGACAGACGCUCAGGACAGAAACUGCUAACCUUACCAAAGUCAAAUAUUACAAUUUAUUUCACAUUUAUAUGUCAUUGCUUACGGUAUUGUAUAGAGAAAGUAUUAAAUUUUGUUUAUCGUUUCGCUUUUGUGCUAAAAAUGUCUAUAAUUAUACUUGUACUUAACUUUGAUUGUGUACAAAAGGUUGAUAUACAAAUCUUGUAUACUUUUGGGAUGAAAAGUUGUAAUUAAUGCAAGGGAAAUAUUUUGAAUUGUUAGUAUUAUAAAAUUUUUUUAAAUAGAGGUUUCUCUCCUUGAAUUUGGUUUUCAAACAUUCCAUCCAGUGAAAUAUUGUUUUAAAUUUACUUAUGACAAUAAUACUGAGGAGUUAAGUGCAAUCAAUUGAAAUAGUUUUGUCGUUAAUAAUGGUGUUUAUUGUUAGUAUGAUUUUUAAUACACAGAGUGAUUGAUAUAAGUGUGCCAGCUGUUUUAUUCUAAAGUUAUAUAAGAUAUCAAAAAAUGUUAAAAUGUAACUGCCUUGGAUUUUUUAUUUUUUUUUAUUUGGUCAAGUUGAAAAAAAUAAUUUAACAUUUUUCCAAUAUGUCCGAUGACUUUGAUUUGUCUUAUGAAAGACCUAUAUUUUCUGAAUUUUUAUGAAGUAAAUGCCAUUUGCAAUUUUAAGACUUAUUUACUUUUAGCAUUUUCUCUCUAAACUUGCUCGAAUAGGAGCUACAUGGUGCAGAAUGUACUGUACACCGCAAGUCAUUUUUCUUAGUUUUAACACACUGUAACUUCUAAAUGAGUAGCUUUAUAGAACAAAUGCCAAGAAUAAAAACGUUUUUAAAUGGCAUUUACUUUCUAAAAAAAAUCAAAAUUGAAGGCCAUGUUGGAAAAAUGGCAGCUAAAUUUUUUUUCAACUUGACUAACAUUAAAAAAAUAAAAAACCCAAGGCAGUUACAAUUUAAUUUUUUUUUAUCUCUUAUAACGUUUAAAUAAAAUGGCUGGCACACUUAUAUCAAUCACCCUGAAUGUGCAGAUCAUGCAAAUAAACCUUUCCUGCAAGUUAUGUUAAGACAGUAAACAUAAUGGUAUGCGAGGUCACCUUAUUAAUCAUUUGUUAGUCAUUAUUUAAUGUAUCUAUAUUUAAAAUGUCUGCCACUGCUUACCUAAACACUUUCAAAUUCUAGAAGAUGUUCUUAAUACAAGAAUAAUUGCUUUUGUUUCAUUUGAUUAACUCACACUGAAGGUUUGUUUGCAUCAAUUGUGUUUGUGCUGCACACAUGUUGUGUUUUAAACACUGUCUUGUUCAAUGUGUUUUUAAAUAGUAUACAAAAUUUAAAUCUUAACUUUUCGAUGCAAAAUUGUAACGAAAACGUAUUGGCUAAUGUACUUAUAGUUUGUUUCAUACAAUCAUUAUUUGGGUGUAAUAUUACAGUGAAGUCCCGCAAACUCGGCACUCGAUAACCCGACAGUCUGGAUAAUGCGGCCAUCACCUGGCUCAGAAAAUUAGGGAUUUUUUGAUUCCGAGUUAAACAUAGACUCAAGCCAGCUCAAGUCAAAUCAUUCGCAACUCGUACCAAGGAUUUGUUGUAGGCAUAUCUGAUGAAUUAAUACUGACUUGUAAUAUAAAUAUAAAUAAAAAAGGCGGUUAAAAAGCCUAUACAUUUUUUUCUUAUUUUUAACCCUAUUUUCCGAUAACCCGGCAUUUCACAAACUCGGCACCCUUCCAGUCCACAUUAUGCCGAGUUUGCGGGAUUCUACUGUAAAUGAAUUGUAAUAUAUUAUUACAUAGCUGGAGUAAUAUGGAAGAUAUCUGUAGAGCAGAUUUACUACUUUAAUAAUUACUUCAUUCCAAAGACAUUAACCAUAAGAGAGUUAUUAUAUCAUUGAGUAUAUAACGUUAUUGUAGGUGUAAGAUAUGUUUUCUUUACUGUGGACAGAAAGGCCUAAAUAUGAAGGAUCCUAUUCUAAUUUGUGGUCAUAGUAAACAAUUCCUCGAAGCCCUAUGUAUUCUCUAAAUUAGAGAUUGAAAUAUUUGCUGGAUUAAUAAAUGUGGUAAAUUUCAAAGCAUUGUUCAAUAAGGUGGGAGAUGAUACAUAAAUCUAGAUAGACUAAAAAGGUAAAGGCUGUUUCACUCACAACUUUUCCUAUUACCUUUUCCCCUUUUAAGGUAAAAACAAUUCAAUUAAUAAAACAAUUCUCCUAUACUUUUUUUCUGUUAUUGAAGAGAUUACUGCAGACAUUCCUCGCUCUUAAAAACACUAUUCCACAAUCAUAUCAUUAACAUAAAUCAUUCUUUAUCUCCAAAUAUGAACUUACCCCAGGAACAAAACAACUUCUAUACGGAACUGACUUCCAUGUUAGUGUAUGUACUUAUAUUGCAGACACCCAAUACUCAAACUUUAAAUUGUUCUUCUGUUCUCUUUACCUUGUAAAACCACUAACAUACUCAAGAAAUCAUCCAAGUUCACUAAGUCGGUACUGAAGUAUAUCAUUAAGAAAAGCCUGUGUGGCCUUUUUAAGUCUAUCUAGAAGCAUUCAACGUGUUAAGGCAAAAACUUGUUUGUCUGGAGUUUCAUUUCAUCGAUACAGUUUUUAAUUAAAACUGAUAUUAAUAAUAUCUGUGUAACAAUUUUGGUCAUUGUCUCCAGUUUGACAUGUAAAUAUCCUUAUAAGUAUCUACUUAAGGGUAACUAUUUAAUUCUCUAGUAAUAUUUUUGAUUUUUAGUAAUAUGGUAGGUUAGUAUUUGUUUAUAGCAAAUAUAUAUUAAGGUGCGUUUCCUUUUAAGCUAGGUAAUUUAAUUGCUGAAUCGGUUGUUUACACUAGCUAUUGUAUUUUCUUAAAAAAAUGUAAAUCGAAAACAAAGAACAUAUAAAGUUAUGGAUCUGAUAAUUAUUCUAGACCAAUUUAAGCACUAGGAAUUUCAAAUAUGAUUUAGUAUGAUCAAAAAGCAUUAAACCUAAAGAAAUUAUAAGACCUAAAAACUUGUGUGUUUCAUGACUACGUAUGGUGUUCAUUUAACUUUUUUCAAAGUUAAGCACUUGCUAUUUAGUACUUUUGGGGGAUUUCCUUCGCAUCACUUUUAGUGUAAAUUCUUGGUUACUUUUAAACUUAAUUACCUCAAAGAUACUCUCAAACCAAAAAUCACCACACCAGAUUGCCUUUUGAUUAGGUAGCCUCUACCAAAUUAAAUCCAAAAUAUAUUUAUUACCUUUUAAUUUAUAUUAGUUUUUAUUUUGAAUAGUAUUUAUAUUGUCACAAAUUGUAAAUGAAUAAAGUAUUUCAUUAAUUUA